GUUUACUGUAGAGCUUUGUGAACCACUUCAAAUCAAACAAAUUGAAAUAGCUAAUUUUGAAUUAUUUUCAUCAACACCAAAAACUUUGAAAGUUCAAAUCAGUGAUAGAUACCAGUCAAGGGACUGGCAUUAUUUAGGUACUUUCCAUGCAAUAGAUCAGCGGACACUACAGAGCUUUACUAUACAAGAUCAGGGGGGAAUGUUUGCUAAGUAUUUGAAAGUGGAAAUGCUAGAUUUUUUUGGUUCGGAACACUACUGCCCUCUCAGUAUAAUCAGAGUGUUUGGUACAAGCAUGGAAGAAGAAAUUAUUCAGGAAUCUGAAAGUCAUGGCGCGAAUGGCGAUGAAGAAGGCGAUGAUGAUCUUGUACCUGGUGAAGGGUUAAAGAAAGCUAAUCUGUUAGAUAGUGCAUUAGAUGCUGUCAAUCAUGUUGUAAAACGUGCUGCAAAAGCAUUAUUGGGAUCAGAAGAUGCACGGCCAUCUGAUUGUACAG